AAACAGUUGGUCACAUGCAGCAGUACAGGAUACAUGGAUUACAGCUGAUUCGACUACAAAGGGGUUUUUGGGCUUGGCCAUGGAACCAAUAUGGUUGUUACUGCUGUUGGCUAUUUUCACAGUUUCAGUUUCUACACAGUUUAAUGGAUACAACUGUGAUGCCAAUCAGCACAGCAGAUUCCCUGCGGAAAGAGACAUCACCGUCUAUUGUGGAGUGCAGACAAUAACAAUGAAGAUAAACUUUUGCACGGUUCUGUUUUCUGGAUAUUCAGAAUCAGAUCUAUCACUGAAUGGAAAACAUGGAGAUGCACAUUGCAGAGGCUUCAUAAACAACAAUACAUUUCCUGCAGUAGUUAUAUUUACCAUCAACCUUAGCACAUUGGAAUCGUGUGAAAACAGCUUAGUGGUAUCUACUGUUCCUGGAGUCAACGCAUAUGGAAUUGCAUCAAUGGUACAAAUUGGCAACAUAUCCGGUUAUAUAGAUACACCAGACCCUCCAACAAUUAUAAGUUAUCUUCCUGGACUUCUGUAUAAAUUUAGUUGCAGCUAUCCUCUAGAGUACUUAGUAAACAACACUCAGCUUGCUUCAUCUUCAGCUGCUAUUUCUGUACGAGAAGGCAACGGUACAUUUAUCAGUACACUGAAUUUACUCCUCUACAACGAUUCAACCUAUAGCCAGCAACUGCUAAUACCAAGUGCAGGAUUGCCACUAAAGACAAAAAUCUACGCAGCAGUAAGAGCAACCAACCUUGACGGACGGUGGAAUGUUUUAAUGGACUACUGUUACACUACUCCUUCUGGCAAUCCAAGUGAUGAUAUCAGAUAUGACCUCUUCCUCAGCUGCGACAAAGAUCCACAGACAACAAUAUUUGAGAAUGGCAAGAGUCAGAUGGGAAGAUUUUCCUUUGAAGUGUUCCGAUUCGUCAAGCACAAGAACCAGAAAAUGUCGACGGUGUUUUUACACUGCAUAACAAAACUGUGCCGAUCAGAUGACUGCCAUUACCUAACACCAACAUGUCACAACAGAGAUAGAAGAGAUGCUGUAAUAAGAACCACAUUAACUCCUUACAGUUUAUCUGGUAAUGCUGUUGUAUCUGCAGGACCUAUCAUUACAAGAAGUGAUGAAACACCGGCAAAUAAUUCACAGCUUGCUCACCCAGGAAAUCAGCAGUUCCAGAUAAACUCUGUCACCAGCGCACUCAUCUCAGGAGUUGUAAUCCUCGGUGCAACUAGUUUUUCUUUCUUCAUAAUUGCCCUAACUCUCCUGAACAGAAAGAAGCAAAACAGUUUGGUUUUGUGUGGCAUUCGCAACCCAGUUUUCAAUUAAUUGGUUUGAUUUGCACUUCCACCCCCCCAUUUUUAAAAAAAAGUUUUUAAAAAUGUACUAACAUGGACAAUUCAGUAUUGGACUGCCAUGUCUAACGAUCAAAUUUGGGUUCCCUGUUUUUGCAUGAGCACUGAAAUGUUUUGAUGACCAUAAGUAUCUUGCAAACUGAAAUAUGAAAAUAAAAUGCUACAUUGAAUGUCAUGUGUUAAAUACUGUGUCUAACAAGUAUGCAUAUAUAAAGAGCACUUUUGCAUUGCUAUAAUAGUUACAAUUACAAUGAUUUGCUCUUUAUAUAAUGUAUCAAACUGCUAUAGAAUGCAUAUAUCUGAUUUGUGUAAAAUGAUAUUGAUCGAUAAUCCCGAAUGUUUACUUUCUAACCUGUUCAUGCUUCAGGCCCUUUCAUUUUUAUGUGCUAAGUAAUUCCUUUAUUUUAGAAAGGCAGCUGUUGUAGUAUUAAAUCUCUCUUUUAAAUUGCACCUUUGAGUGAAUUGCACCUUUGAGUGUGUAACAUUUAAUUAGGGGGAGCAGGCCAAAGCAAGAGUAAUAGUAUAUUUUGCAAGUGUUGUGUCCCUUUUCUAGAUGUUUAGUAAAACUCCCUGUCUAUACUUGAUACUGUAUAAAAGCAUGUUGUGUUGUAGAUGCCACAGAACUAUACAUCCCAUUAUUCUCAACAAUGUAUGCUGUGGUGCAGGUUGUCAUUUACUGUACAUGAUUUACAUUAUACAUUCAUCAUCAUUGGAAAGAAAGAAAAUAAAAAUAUAACAUUUGUAUUAC